CUCUAUUUCUAGUCCUUGUCGCCAGCCAUUACGACUUCUUCCUCAUUUCUUGUAUUUGCCGUCCUCCUCCUCGUCUUCACGCUCUCCUCCUUCUCAUUCUUCUAUAAUGACUUUGACCUUCCUCGAAUUUUCUUCUCCUCCCUUUGCAAUUACCAGUCCUAAACUUUUUUCCCUAUUAUUGACCAGUUCUUAUUCCUCUUGUAUCUUCCACGCGCAGGAUAGAGCCUAUUUUGCAUACCAAUUUCCUCUGCACGUUCUGUAGUUUUGGGGAUUUGAGGUUCUGGGUUGUUUGUUUUCCGAGUUCUGUGAGCUGCUGCUGCUGCUGCUUUUUUUUUUUGGAGAAGAACUUGAGCUGAUUGUAUAUUUGUUAGGAAGUUGUUCAAUCUCCGCUUCUUAGUGACCUGUGGUUUUCGAAUUAUGGGUUCUAAGCUGGUAGUUCUGAUUUCAUCUUCGAAAACUUCUUAAGUUCAAAGAGCUUCACUUUGUACCCGCUUUCUCCGGUUUAGCUGAAACAAAGUUAAAUCCUGGCAUGGACUCGAACAAUCAAGCUAGAGACUCCUCACAUUUCGACCCAGCUUUGAAAUCAUCGUCUCGAAAAAGCAUCACCUCGAGUCACUCUAGGGGAUCCGACAGGAUUUCGGUUCGGGAAGUGGCUUUCAAUCAUUCAGGAUCUACCCCAGUUCGGUAUGGGUCAAAAGGCGCUGAUUCGGAGGUAUUCAGCGUGUCGCAGAAGGAAAUCAGCGACGAGGAUGCGAGAUUGAUUUAUAUACACGAUCCUGUGAGGACAAACGAGAGGUUUGAAUUCGCAGGAAAUUCUAUUCGUACGGCGAAAUACUCUAUCCUCACCUUUCUGCCCAGGAAUUUGUUCGAACAAUUUCAUAGAGUUGCUUAUAUUUAUUUCCUUGUAAUAGCCAUUCUUAAUCAGCUUCCUCAGCUUGCCGUUUUUGGUAGGGGAGUUUCCGUUUUACCUUUAGCGUUUGUCCUGCUCGUUACAGCCGUGAAGGAUGCGUUUGAGGAUUGGAGGAGACAUCGAUCAGAUAAAGUCGAGAACAGCAGAUUAGCAUCAGUUUUAGUUGGUGAUCAAUUUGAACAGAAGAAAUGGAAGGAUAUUAGAGUUGGUGAAAUUGUUAAAAUUCAUGCAAAUGAAACCAUCCCUUGUGAUAUUGUGUUGCUGUCAACCAGUGAUCCAACUGGGGUUGCAUAUGUGCAGACUAUAAAUUUAGAUGGAGAAUCAAAUUUGAAGACUCGAUAUGCAAAGCAAGAGACCCUUGCAAAGCUGCCUGAAACAGAAAGAACCAAUGGUUUGAUUAAGUGUGAAAAACCCAACAGGAACAUAUAUGGGUUUCAGGCUAAUAUGGAAGUUGAUCAAAAGCGUUUGUCACUUGGAUCCUCCAAUAUUGUUCUUCGAGGCUGUGAGCUCAAGAAUACUAAAUGGGCACUUGGUGUUGCUGUAUAUUGUGGCAGUGAGACCAAAGCUAUGCUCAACAGCUCCGGAGCUCCAUCUAAGCGGAGCCGACUGGAGACUCGGAUGAACUACGAGAUAAUCAUUCUCUCUUUCUUUCUUGUAGCUUUGUGUACAGUUACCUCUGUUUGUGCUGCUGUUUGGUUAAAACGCCACAAGGAUGAGUUAGAUCUUUUGCCUUAUUAUAGGAAGCUGAACUUUCAAGACGGCAAGAGCUAUAAGUAUUAUGGAUGGGGAUUGGAAAUUGUUUUCACAUUCCUCAUGUCUGUUAUAGUGUUCCAGGUCAUGAUUCCCAUAUCGUUGUACAUUUCCAUGGAGCUUGUCCGCGUUGGCCAGGCCUAUUUUAUGAUCGGAGACAAUAGAAUGUAUGAUGAGGCAUCAAAUUCCAGAUUUCAGUGCAGGGCUUUAAAUAUCAAUGAAGAUUUAGGGCAAAUCAAGUAUGUUUUCUCAGACAAAACUGGCACGCUUACUGAGAACAAGAUGGAGUUUCAAUGUGCGAGCAUCUGGGGUGUUGAUUACAGUAUAGCAAAUGAAAGUCAGGAGGAUGAGCAAGUUGAAUACUCUGUUGAAGUGGAUGGAGCAGUGUUGAGGCCCAAGAUGAAGGUGAAAGUAAGUCCAAAACUUUUGCAGUUAUCAAGAAGUAGGCUUGAAAACGAGGGAGGAAAACGAAUUCAUGACUUCUUCCUAGCAUUGGCAGCCUGCAAUACCAUUGUUCCUCUUCAUGUUGACACAUCUGAUCCUAAAGUCAAGUUGAUAGAUUAUCAAGGGGAGUCACCAGAUGAACAAGCGCUGGCAUAUGCGGCAGCCGCCUAUGGUUAUACACUUAUAGAACGGACCUCAGGCCACAUAAUUAUUGAUAUGCAGGGAGAGAGACAAAGGUUUAAUGUAUUGGGCUUGCAUGAAUUUGAUAGUGAUCGGAAGAGAAUGUCAGUCAUAUUGGGGUAUCCUGACAAUUCCGUGAAACUUUUUGUCAAGGGUGCUGAUACAUCCAUGUUAAGUGUAAUGGACAAGUCAUCAAACAUGGACAUAAUACAUGCAACUGAAAGGCAUCUCCACUCUUACUCUUCUCUGGGGUUGAGGACUCUUGUCAUUGGAAUGAGGGAACUGAAUACUUCAGAAUUUGAGCAAUGGCACCAAUCCUUUGAGACGGCAAGCACUGCUUUGAUGGGUCGGGCUGCUUUACUUCGUAAGGUUGCUAGCAAUAUCGAAAACAAUCUCUGCAUAUUGGGUGCAUCUGCUAUUGAAGAUAAAUUGCAGAAAGGGGUGCCAGAAUCCAUUGAGUCUCUGAGGACUGCAGGUAUUCAGGUUUGGGUGUUGACCGGGGACAAACAGGAAACUGCCAUAUCAAUUGGCUACUCCUCAAAGCUCCUUACAAGUGACAUGACUCAGAUUAUAAUUAAUAGCAACAAUAGAGAGUCCUGUAGAAGGAGUUUACAAGAUGCCCUUGUCAUGUCCCAAAAACUCAUGGCUGCUACUGGCGUUGCCAAUGGUACUGAGACUUCCUACACUCCUAAAAUUCCAAUAGCCUUGAUCAUUGACGGUACCAGCCUCGUAUAUGUUCUUGAUAGUGAACUUGAAGAACAGCUCUUUCAACUAGCAAGCAAAUGUUCAGUGGUUCUCUGUUGUCGAGUGGCUCCAUUGCAAAAGGCUGGGAUUGUUGCCCUUGUGAAAAACAGGACGUCUGACAUGACACUAGCCAUCGGAGAUGGUGCUAAUGAUGUCUCAAUGAUCCAAAUGGCUGACGUUGGAGUUGGCAUCAGUGGACAGGAAGGUCGGCAAGCUGUAAUGGCAUCUGAUUUUGCAAUGGGGCAGUUUAGGUUUUUAGUUCCCCUCUUGUUGGUGCAUGGACACUGGAAUUACCAACGUUUGGGUUAUAUGAUACUAUACAAUUUUUACAGAAACGCUGUCCUUGUUCUCGUCUUAUUUUGGUAUGUGCUCUUCACCGCCUUCACUUUGACGACGGCGAUAAAUGAAUGGAGCAGCAUGUUGUACUCAAUCAUUUACACUUCAUUGCCAACAAUUGUUGUCGGUAUUCUUGACAAAGACCUUAGUAAAAGGACUCUUAUAAACUAUCCUCAGCUUUAUGGGGCUGGACAGAGACAUGAGGCAUACAACAAAAAAUUAUUUUGGCUUACAAUGAUUGAUACAUUGUGGCAAAGCAUUGUUAUCUUCUUUGGUGCUCUCUUUGCAUACUGGGGAAGCACUAUUGAUGUAGCAAGCAUUGGAGAUCUUUGGACUCUUGCAGUGGUUAUUGUAGUGAAUAUACACUUGGCCAUGGAUGUUAUCAGGUGGAAUUGGAUUACACACGUUUCCAUUUGGGGGUCUAUAGUUGCAACUUUCAUUGCCGUCAUGGUCAUCGAUGCUAUCCCCACAUUUCCCGGUUACUGGGCCAUCUUUCAUUCGUUAGGCACUGGAUCCUUCUGGCUAUGUCUGCUUGGAAUCAUCAUCACAGCAUUGCUCCCUCGUUUCAUGGUGAAGUAUAUUCAUCAAUAUUACUUCCCUGAUGAUAUCCAGAUUUCAAGAGAAGCUGAGAAGGUUGGGGCUUCAAGGAUGGUUGGUGGUGAAGAUAUAGAAAUGCAUCCUAUUCCAGUUGGUCCACCAAGAUGAUGAUGCAUUGAUUUGGAUCUUCUGAACAUAGAAAGCUCGUUAAGAACUUAUGAUGCUUUAGAGAGAUAAAGAGAAAAGAGAAGAAGGAAAUCAGAUUAGUAUUUACCUUUUGUGUUUCUCUCUCUCUCUCUCUCACGCAUUAGAAAUAUUUUUGCUUCAGAAGAUCUAAACUCCAUAGUACAUAGGUCCAUCCAUAAAAAGAGAUUUUCUUUUGUGCCUUAUAGUCCCUCUCCUCUCCUUUUGUUUUGUUUUGUUUUGUUUUUUUUCCCUUUUUUUGUAAAGUUACACAUUCUUGAGGCUGCUUUAGAGUUUUUUCUGUCAGUUGCCAGAUUUCUUCAUCUGAUACUGUCCGAAGGAUAGUGUUUUUGAUUUUCACAGUAGGAGUUGCUUUGUAUCCUUAUUCUUUCUGUAUCCAUAAAUGUAGCCUCUGUUGUAAAUUAUCACUGAUGAUUGUAACAGAAAAAGAAGCAGAAUGUUCAUUACUCUUUACAGAUAUACAAUUAUACAAUUUUAAGAG